UUCUGAUAAGACACCAAUUCUGGUUUGCUCUGAAGGCGUGGUUUUUAUGUCCCUGACGUUAGCCUGAAAUUCUUUCAUUGAUAUUCAGUUGAGUGCCCUGGUGGAGAUGCGCGGCAUGUAAAUAACGCAGUGGACUAAUAAAAACUAAAAUGAUAUGAGACGAAGACAAAGACGCACCAGGAAUUGUUUGGGAUUCAGUGGUGGGACUGCUUCAUUUUGGAAAUUUGCAGCAAAUUAUUGGAAAAAAAAAACAUUUGAACAAUGGACAUCCCAAACUCCAAAAGGACUGUUACUGUCCAAUUGGUCCCCCAGCAUCCCACCAUGGAUGCUCUAGGGAACAGCGAACCCAAUGCCAACUGGGAGCAGCCAGACCAUAAUCUCAACAUUACCAACGCCUGCCCCGUCACUGCGUUGGAGCCCAAAGCCAGCCAGCCUGCGGAGGUUGUAAAUAACCCUAGCAAAGCCACCAGUCCCUGCAGCCCAGCCCCAAGUGAAGCUCCCAGUGCCACCACCACGACAGCUAGUCCUAUGGCCAAGGCCAAUGGCAAACGCAGGCGAUCUGAUGGCCAGCAAAUGGACACUGGCACAAGCCAGAAGCGCAGUAGCAGCGAUUCUAAGCCAGAGGGCUGCAUGGCUACUAGCAACACCAACCCAACAACAGUCCCUGCCUCCUCUUCCCUCCCCUCGUCUGCAGCCCCACCAUCCUCGUUAACUCCCUCCACUGUUGCUGAUAGCAAAAGUGCCAGCCAGAAGCGUAGCAGUGAUUCUAAGCCAGAGGGCUGCAUGGGUAGCAACAAUAACCCAAGAGUCCCUGCCUCCUCUUCCCUCCUCCCCUCCUCUGCUGUGGCACCAUCCUCGUUAGCUCCCUCCACCAUUGCGGAUAGCAAAAGUGCCAACCUGUCAUCAGCAUUCACGCCGUUUGCAUCAUCAAAGGGUGACAUGCAGACAAAUGACUGCCGAGACAAAGGCUUGGCAGCCAGAGUGGGGGAAGGGGAGCGUGCCGAAGCUCGAGAGCCAAACCGCAGAUCAUCCACCUCCAGAGAGUCGGGGAGCAAGGCUGCUGCCAAAGAGGCCGCUCUGCAUCAGAUACCGGCUCCGACAGGUGAUUGCAAGAGCCCUUCAGCCGCUGAGAUGAAACGUGCCCCAGACGACGACAUGGGAAGUGCUGGUGCAAAAAAAUCCCCCCUUCUCCAAUCGGUGUCCUCCAAGGAUUGCUCAAGUUUCACACCAGCGCUUCCAAGCACUGCCCUUACUUGUGUCGGGCAGUCCGCUCCUCUUCAGGAAAAAACAAAGACAAAUGCCUCAGAGAUGACACAGCAGCCCAACAACAGCUCGUGCACCCAAACAGGCCCAGUGAAAGCAGAUGAACCACCAACACACAAGACACAGGAGACGCCAGCGACAACCAAGACUGCAAUACCUGAGAAGGCAAAAGAUGCACCUCUCAAAACAGAGAGCAAUGUAUUUGUUCCAAUAAAGGAUUCACCACCCCAAAACAGUUCACAGGUGACCUGUCCUGACCAUGCCAAGAGCCCCACACUGGGUACUGAAUCGCUCGCAAACACAGCCUCUCCUCAGUGCCGAUCGACUCAAUCCCACAGUCAUGCGGGGGUCACAGACGAAGCCAUCCAAACGCAGGGAGGAAAAGCGGAUGGCAAACUGUACCGGGAGGCCUCCACAAUGACCGCCACACCUGACGCAAGCCCCGCUCCAACCAAGCACCGGCAGGAUGUGGAGGUCCAAGCUGUAGCCAACGUCCGCCACCAGAGUGUGUCCACCAGUCCCGGCCUCUUUUCUCACCCCUCCCAGCCUCCCAGGAUACCCAUGGGGCCCCAGGCGGAGGAGGCAGAGAAACUAACCAUGGUGUACCAGGUGGAGGCCACUGGCAAACAUACGCUGCUCUCCACUGAAACGCAUUUGGCAUCCGCCACAGCCCCGGCUCCCAUCUCCUCCUCCUCCACUCAAGCUCCACAGUCAGGGGGGGUUGUCCAUACAGACUCUGCCCCCCAGCAGCAGCGUGAGUCCAGGCUAGGGGCCAAACCAAAGGAGUCCGGGGCCGGGCCCCCGUCCUGCAAUUCCCAAACAGUCCCCCUUGUACCCCUUCAGCCUGUUUAUCAGAUAAACAUUGAGCCUUGCACCCAGAAUACCACGCAGGCUGGCUGCCAUCCGACUGUGGCCGGCCCUACCGCAACAGAGCAGAGCAAGGGCCUCGCUGAGCAGCAGAAGGCUCUCUGUGAGAAGAAGAAGCCAGCAGCAGCCAAGGAGGUGCAUCUUGCCAUGUCUGCAACAGAGUCGGUGCCAGCAGCACAGUGUGCCAAGCCCCCCACUGACAAGCCACCAUCAGUGUCAGUGUCAGUGUCAGUACCGCCACCAGCAGCAAGCGCAGCCAAGGCAGGACGCAAGGAAUCUGCUGCUGCUGCCGCCAUGUCUGUGUCUGUAGCCAGCACCACUUCCACAAUAGUGAAGGAACAGAAAAGAGCCACCACCACCACCACAGCCGCCGGGAAGAAGAAGACCCCAUCCGAGCCAAAACUUGAGCCGGACCGUGAGGCGGAGGACAAGUUGUCCAAGUCGGUCCAUGACGUGGUGUGGGACGAGCAGGGCAUGACGUGGGAGGUGUACGGCGCCUCGCUGGACCCCGAGUCGCUCGGCUUCGCCAUCCAGAGCCACCUGCAAUGCAAAAUCAAGGAGCACGAGAAGAAGAUUGUCGCCCAGACUAGCAUCCGAAAGUCGGUCUCUUCGCCGGAGUCCCCGGCAGGUAGGAAAAAGAAAGGCAAGAGGAGGCAGGCCAAUGUCUUCAGGUCCAUGUUUCAGAAUGUGCGGCGGCCCAACUGCUGCGUGCGACCUCCACCGUCUUCUGUGCUGGACUGAGGCGAAGGCAAGGAUUUUACUGUAUGGGUACCUGGCGCAAACAACGACCACAAACGGUGGGCAGCUUGAUCAGCCAUGUUGUUCUGCCCCUGUUUCGCCCCAGCUGAAAGCAUGACUAGGGCCUCCUCCCAUCCGUACUUGCCAAGUGAUCAGUGUAGUUCAGCACCACUUCUGUACUUGCAGGGAGAGACGGAAAGAAUGUGAAUGACUUGGUACAUCAGAGGAACAUAAAUUGAUAUAAAUACUAUUUUUAGAUAUAGAUAAGAUGUUAUAAAGAAGGCUAUAUAAAGCUAUAUCAGUAUUUAGAAUGACAAUGGCAAUAAUACGUCCUAUUAAUAACAAUAAUUAGUAAAAAAUGCAUGUGUAUUAGUUCUAAUGACAGACUUAGUACCUCAUAUCAAAAGGGGUCAUUAUUAUGCAUUGCACUGAUUUACAGGCAUACAUGUGUUGCUGUUUGCAUAUUCUUUCUACAAAAACAAUAACACCUUGACCUCUUGGUGGAGUCGGUGCAUUUGGUAUCCGUUUGUUUUACGUACCAUAGGGUCUGUUGAGCCCAUUUAUUUAUAACAAAUUGAUAAGUUGGUUUAGAUUUUUUUUAAUUGAAUUUCUUUGGGAUGAUUUAUUACAUUGUCUUGAUAAGGAACAUGUUAGCCUGUCGUGCUUGUUGCCAUAUUUGUUGUUAACUGUGUGCAUUUAGAUGCUGUUUAAA